AUGGCCCGCCGCCGACAGAAGCUGCGCAAUGGCACAUGGAUAAUUCCCAGCACCGGCGAACGCAGUCGACGCCAAUUCACCCUUCGAAGCCCGAACCUCGACGGCCCCAGCGACGAUGACCACAUGCGCUCCCUCGCCGAAGGCGAAACCUUGAAGGAGAAGGCUCAGUAUACAUGGCACAACGUCAAGGUGGCAGCGCGUCUGCUGUGGGCGUGGCUCAACUCUCCCAAUGGCCGGGGCACCAUCAAGUGCUCCAUCGCGUACCUGCUGGCUAGCAUGGGGACCUUCUGGCAUCCCGCUGCCAGCUUUCUCGGACCAUUGGACGGCAAGCAUAUCGUGGCCACCAUUGUGACGUACUUCCACCCGGCGAGGACAGCAGGUUCGCAGCUUGAGGCCGUAGCUCUUGCUGUCUUUGCAGUAUGCUAUGCUAUGCUCAUCGGCAUGCUUUCAAUGGCAACUUCGGUGCUCAUUGGCAAUGUCUGGGAUAUGCAAGCGCUCUCUUAUGUCUUGAUCCUCAUUGUAUUCAUUGGCUUCGGCCUGGGUUUCGUCGGCUGGGUCAAACAAAAACUCAACAACCCCCUUGUGAGCGUUGGUGUCAGCAUAGCAUCCAUUGGCAUCAUAACCAUCAUAACGAAGGAGGGCUCGGUCCACAGAGCCGAAUUCUCCACGAACAAGAUCGUCCAAUACCUCAAGAUAUUGCUCAUGGCAAUGGUCAUAUCUACAGCCGUCAACUUGCUUCUGUGGCCAGUGUCAGCCAGGCGGGCCCUGCGUGAAUCCAUGCGGACCGCGUCCACCUCUCUCGGUGAGAUGCUGACAAUGAUCUCAAGCGGCUUCCUGAGUGGUGCCGAGGAAGAUCUCAACUCGAAACCCUUCACAAAGACAGCGGCUAUUUACCGUUCGACCUUGACCCAGAUGAACAAGAAUGCGAGAGAGUCCAAGUUCGAGUAUUAUCUACUCGGCCGUGAGCAGAUAUACCGGCGUGACAAAACUGUGGUGAAGUCGAUGGAGACUCUUCGUCAGUCACUCGGUGGCUUGAGGAGCGCGGCUAACACCCAAUUCGAACUCCUCAAGGAAGUAUCACACAAUCUAUUAUCUCCUAGCUCGACUGUGUCACCUGGCACGGACUCAUUCUCUCAAAACUUUGCCCGGUCUCUAUCCGCUUCUUCGAGGAACGGUAACCAUUUCAGCACUCUUGCAGCCAUCGACGAAGCGCCUGACGAGAGAAGCGAUAGAGAGGACGAAUCGAAUAAGAAUCAGGAAACUCUAAUGUCUCUGAAGACGCCCUCCGAGAUUUUCGAGUUGUUCAUUGCCCGACUUGGGCCUUCAAUGAAGUCGUUGACUCACACAAUGGCUGAAAUGCUCAAAGAGCCGCCGUUUGGUGAGCCAGGCUCGCCCAUCGAAUUCAACGAACAGUUCAAGCAGAGUCUGGCCGAAGCAAUCAGGCUGUACAACCAAGCGAGAGGGAGAGCGCUGGAAGAACUGUACAAGACAAUCGAGUUCGGCCGGACCCGAUCCGAGAACAUUCAAGCAGACUUUGAAGAAGUGGCCGCAGCAUGCGGGCACUUCUCGUUCAGUUUGCUCAGUUUUGCAGAUGAAAUGCGGAAAUACAUGGACGCUUUGGAUGAGUUGAGGGAUGUUACGGAGCAAAACAAACGAACUUGGAAGUGGCUUAUGUUCUGGAAGAAGAUCAAUUUGCCAUGGAAGUCCGUAAAGGAGGAGGAGGAAGAUCCCGAGAGACUUCCCCUACUGAAACCUGUCAAGCGAAUGCGUCAGUCCAAACUCCCCCAGGGCAUCCCCGAUGCCAUGAAAAACCGUCGGGAUACAAUCGGCUGGGACACGGCACCGGUUAAGGGAUUAUGGAGCGAAAUUGUCCGAAGCACGUCACGGAAUGUCUUGAAGUUUGGCAGAUUUCUCUCGAGGGACGACAUUCGCUUUGGGCUCAAAGUCGGCAUCGGCGCAACACUGUACGCCAUGUUUGCAUUCAUUCCUGCGACGAAGUCUCUCUACGAACAUUGGCGAGGCGAGUGGGGUCUUCUAUCCUUCAUGAUCGUGUGUUCGACGACCGUGGGCGCAUCCAACGCUACUGGCUUGGCUCGUUUCACAGGUACCAUUAUGGGCGCUGCAUUUGUUAUUGUCAACUGGCUAAUCACAGACGGUAACGCCAUUGGACUUGCGCUUCUUGGCUGGGCCGUCUCCUUCGGCGCGUUCUACAUAAUGGUCGAUCGCGGUAAUGGGCCGUUCGGUCGCUUCAUAUUGUUGAGCUACAACGUGUCCUCGCUAUACGCGUAUUCACUCACACAGCAAGUCGAAGAUGACGACGAUGAUGAGGGUGGAUUGCAUCCCAGGAUCAGAGAGAUCGCCUUCCACAGAGUCGUUGCUGUGGCCAUCGGUAUCAUGUGGGGCUUGAUCGUCUGCCGCCUCAUAUGGCCCAUGCCUGCUCGCAAGAAGUUCAAGGAGGGUUUGUCUGUUCUAUACUUGCAGAUGGGGCUCAUCUGGAAGCGAGGGCCGCUUGCCAUUCUACUCCGCGACGACAUCUCCGCCACGAGUUACAUGAGGAUUGGCGAGCAAGCCGCAAUGCAGCGGUAUGCGACACAGCUGCAGACUCUCCGCGUAGCCGCAAAUAAUGAGUACGAGCUACGGGGACCUUUUCCUUUCGAGACAUAUGGACGCAUCAUGACGUCGACGCAACGCGUGCUCGAUGCAUUCCAUGCUAUGAGCCUGGUGACUCAGAAACAUGGACGGCUGAGCGAAGGGGAGAAAGCGCUACUCUACCAUACAGCAAACGAACGGGCACAGCUUUGCGCGCGUCUUUGUCACGUUUUCCAGGUCCUCGCCUCCAGCAUUAUGCUCGAGUACCCACUUACGGAUGCCAUUCCGAGCGUGAUGGCCAUACGAGAUAAGCUCCUCGGCAAGAUCUUCAGGUUCAGGAAAGAGCACAACCCGGAUGGGACGGAGAUCGACGUAGCAUCGUCGGAAGCCGGCAAUGGCAAUGGAAACGGCAAUACUGGGAAUGGCAAAGACGCAACCAUGCUGGGUACCAUGAAUAGCGUCCCGAAGCUGGGGGACGUCACGCUGGAGGAGCCCGACUACGCGCUCUUGUACGCGUAUGCCCUAGUCACGGGCCAGGUGGCUAAGGAGCUCAUCGUGGUGGAGAAGGAGAUCGAGGGUCUAUUCGGCCGUCUGGAUGAGGACGCGCUGCUCCUGCAGUGA